AUGCUGGUCAUUGUUAAGUGUGCACCUUGUCUUUAACCAUUGCUUGAAACUCUUGAGAGCUGAGAGGCAACUUUGUUUUAACCGUUUUAACGUGAAAAAUAAUUUGUUCUUACAACUUUUCAGAGAAAGACGUCUUCUUUUCCUUUGCCUCAGUCUUGGACCGUGUUAAAACAAACAAACAUUUGAGGCAGUAGGUCAAGGUAGCUGGCAACAGUAAUGAAUAAAGGAUAUUUAUGUUCUCACUCAUGGUUGCAUGAUGGGCUCUCAGAAGGUCCAGUUUGUCCUGCUUACAACAUCAUUCAUCUUGAUUACCCACUUGACCUCCUGCAAUGAAUAUGAAGCAGAGGAUGCCCACAUAUCUGAAGAACAUGAAAAGGCAAAGUAUACAAAGAAAUCUAACACAAAAUGGCAAAAGGAGAUCAGCCUAGUGGAAAAGAGUCUGGCAAAAUAUGUUGAGUGCAAGCAAGAGAACUGUGGCUGUCAUAGUGACGUCAUCAAGUCUGAUCUCGCGAUUUUCGCCAAGACCAAGAUCUCAAAAUCGAUGGUCGAGGAAGCCAAGGACCACGGUGUCCUGUACCAGAUCAUAGACCACAAGCUGUACCGCCAGCAGGAGUGCAUGUUUGAGUUCCGCUGCCGCGGUGUGGAGCACUUCAUUCUAGAGCUGAUCGACACAUUACCAGACACGGAGUUUGUGCUCAACACGCGCGACUGGCCGAUGGUGGGCUCGUUCUUGGGACGCCGCCUGCCCGUGUUCUCCUUCAGCAAGACGCCCGACUACUGGGACAUCACGUACCCGGCGUGGACCUUCUGGACGGGCGGGCCGGCCAUCGGGCUCUACCCGACCGGCCUGGGACGCUGGGACAAACACCGCGUCUCUAUCUCUCGAGCCGCCCAGGAGUGGCCCUGGGAGGAGAAGGAGGCGCGGGCGUUCUUCCGCGGCUCGCGCACCUCCUCAGAGCGCGACCCUCUGGUACUUCUCAGCAGGAGGCGGCCCGAGCUGGCAGACGCGCAGUACACCAAGAACCAGGCCUGGAAGUCCGACCAGGACACCCUGGGCGCUCCGCCGGCGGAGGAGGUGCCCUUAGAGGACCACUGUCGCUUCCGCUACCUGUUCAACUUCCGCGGCGUGGCCGCCAGCUUCCGUUUCAAGCACCUCUUCCUCUGCGGCAGCCUGGUGUUUCACGUGGGAGACGAGUGGAGCGAGUUCUUCUACCCGCAGUUGAAGCCGUGGGUGCACUACAUACCGGUUCGGCAGGACCCUUCCCAGGAGGAGCUGGAACACUUAAUUAUGUUUGCUCAAGAGAAUGGCGCCCUGGUGCGAGAAAUUGCAGAGCGAGGUAGGCAGUUUAUACUAGACAAUCUGCGUAUGAAGGACGUUUCUUGUUUCUGGCGAAAGCUUCUGGUGAGCUAUACUAAGCUGUUAACGUACAAAGUGGAGAAGAGGCCAGGGCUGAUGGAGGUGCCUUGGAGGGAUUAGGGAGGAGCGUGCUGGCGUUUGUUCCAAGAAAUAUGUCUUCCCUCCGUGAUAUAACUACUGAGGCGCAGUCAUACGGUGCUGGAACUUGCGAGGAGUACCUCAUUCCUGAGCUGGAUGCCUAAUCCUGGCGUUCUAUUUUUGUCUGAGUCUGGCUGGGCUCUCUUCGUGCGAUCUCUGAAAGUGAUAGCUAGCGCGUGGCGCUGCUUUUCCGUCCUAACCGUGUUGUGCCCUUCGAAGUGUUAAUGUCAUCAUGUUAAUGUUCGUAUCCGCAUCAUGUAAGUUGACGCGGCUUACGAAUACAGCGGGUGCGUAUCGCACCGCGCUUUAAAGUCGACAGAGACUAACAACCGAAACGGAGGACGACAGUUCGCUACGUUUGGCGGCAGGCUGCUGUUGCAUUUUGUCUUGCCGUCCAUAUCCCUAAGUGGCCUGGAUGCUUGUUUGCUGGAUGCUGGAUGUUGGAUGCUAUGCUUGUCACGGUGACUAUAAAUAAUGUUUGUCAAUCUCAAUGUGAAGGUCUUAGUAUGUUUCAGAAUUUUGGCACUUUCGGCAUUUCUUGGCAUGUUAGAGCCACUGCUCUUCACAGGCUGCCAUCGGAUUUCAACUGCACAGUCUGUGGCUGAGACAAUGUUUGUCAAAGAACCGAUCAUUGUGUUUGCUUUGUCUCCUCGUCUCGUCUAUUUCUUUUUUUUUUGUCAUAUUGUAUUUUGUGCUACUUGUCUCAUGAUGCAGUGAAAAUAUUAUCGAGAUCUGAGCUUGAACAGACCAAGCCUCUGUGUUGGAUCAGAAUUCAGAAACAUUUGUCAACAGUCGCGGUGAGAAGUUUGCAAUAAAUCAAUUAUACUGGUCAUAUU